ACUAACCCGACUUCCCAUGGGAAGGAUAAUUCGUCUCUUCAGCAAGGAAACUGCAAACCUGUUUUAAAUGAGAUGACGUCGGGCAACCAGUGUUUACUCCUAACCUUGAGUUUGGUAUCACUGUUACUAUGUCUCCAAGCUCAUUUUGUGUUCAGUCACCCGCCGGUCACAACCCGCCCUCCUGAUGCAGCUCAACCCUGGAAUUUGCAUGGGACUCCUGGUGAUGGCUAUUACACUGAAGUGCAAAUUGGGACUCCACCACAGAAGUUCAAUCUUUUGGUGGACACUGGUAGCAGCAAUCUAGCAAUAGCAGGUGCACCUCACGAAGAACUCGAGAGCUUCUAUGUCCAUCAGAGCUCCUCUUCAUAUGUUGACCUGGGCAAGGAUGUCGAAAUGGUUUAUACUCAGGGUAGCUGGCGAGGGCAUUUAGGCCGUGAUUUGGUCUGGUUUCCAAAACUUCAAAACACAGAGCCACUGGUCACUGAUUUAGCCCUCAUUACAUCCUCGAACAACUUUUAUGUUAAUAAUUCCCAUUGGCAGGGUAUUAUAGGCCUCGCAUUUGCGGCCUUAUCCCAGCCAAAAGGCGAUGUUGUUCCGUGGUUUGACGGCCUUACCGCCAAAAACCACACUGCUAACACUUUCACUAUCCAGUUGUGUGGUCCCUUCAGGCAAGGAAAUGUCACUCGCCACCAAGGAAAGCUUUACAUUGGAUCUGAUGCUGGUGAUUGUCCCGCACCAUCAGUCACAAGUCCCAUAAGAAGGCCAUGGUUUUACGAGGUCCUUGUCGUUGCUAUGGCCAUAGGCAAGACAGUCCUUGACAUACCGUGUGUUAAGUACAACACUGCCAGCAGCAUUGUUGACUCUGGCACGUCCAACCUUAGAUUACCAUCAAAGGUUUUCAAAGCUGUGCUCGCGGAGUUGCGCAAACAGACAUCGGCAACAGAGCCCCCCCUGCCGGAAGAUUUUUGGUCUGGGAGUGAGGAGAUCUGCUGGCAGCCAGAUCAUGAGGUAUGGACUGCAUUUCCGAACAUAACAGUCCAUCUAGCCCACAGUGAAUUAUGUCAGAGGAAAAGGGGUAUGGACUGCAUUCCGAACAUAACAGUUCCAUCUAGCCCACGUAGUAACAACUCGGUCCUCAUCAUCACCACUUCACCAUUGUCGUACCUAGGCCAGCCCAUCGAUGUGUCUGAGACGAUCUGCUGGCUGCGAACACACACAGGCACUCUAGGUGCACAACGAAGAACUGGUGCUGUCAUUUUGGAAGGACUCUGUGUAACCUUUGACCGUGCUCAUGCCACAAUUGGAUUUGCCGAAUCAUCCUGUGGGCCAGCUGUGAAACUGAGCAGCAUUUACAAUGGAUCGGACUGGCAUUCAUGUGUGUAUAUCCCAAGCACAGUGGAUGGGCUGACACUCGCCUCCUACAUCAUGUUGGGAUUGUUGGGACUCCUCUCAGUGCCACUGGUGCUCGCUGCUCUACGUUGGGCCUGGAGGUCAUUUGUAGUGCCAAGGCUCAACCCAGAAGUGCCAUUCCUUACACUGGACGAGACCAACACCUGAGACACCUGGGCAUUAGGGGUUUGGCAUUGUAUAUCUUUCUGUUUUGGUGUUCAGUCAAAGGUGGUCAGAGCUGGAAGCCAAGUGUCUGUGUGUGUGGGUUUGGAGAGUCAUGAAUUUUUCACAGCGAUAUGUUUUUAAAUGGGUAAGGGAAGAAAGUGAUAUUGUGUCGUUAGUUUAUGAGGGGAUUUUGUUAUCUUGUAUCAGGAAUUUUUUUAAUGUGCUAAGUGAGUAAAGAGUAAAUGACUUAAUGCCAUUCCAUGUCAUGUGUAGGUUUCGCCAAGACAAACAAACAAAUUCGAGAUAAUCAGACAUUGCGUAUGAUAUUUAGUCUCUACUGUGUUGGUGCUAUUGUCAGUUGCAUUUACAUUAAAAUCAUCACCUCAAUUUAGAGUACGGUAAGUGCCCGAAAUGUACAUGUACAUUUAUGAAUAUACUGAAUACACAGUAACAGAAAACCAGAUAAUGGUGGUUGGAAGUGUGUGUGUAUAUAUAGUCUAAGAUUUUUCUUUUUUGAAUACUUAAUGUUUACAAGAAUACUACUUUUAAGUCACAUCCAUGUAGAAUGUUAUAAGAGUGUGAAAAGUUCAUUUUUGUAUUGUUAGAUUUAAAAGGAUAGAGUAAUCUAGAUGAUAUAGCUGUUUAUUUGUGAUUUAACUGCCUUGACUUAAAUUUAUCUUAAAUAUCAUUAUGUGUAAUCUUGUAUGGAAUGUUGGUAAUUAAUAAUGUGUAAUAGGUAUGUAUUUACAUAUG